UCCAAUGUUUUUUCGAAAGUUGUGGCGGUGCUAUGAGCAAUGUUUUUAUGAACGAACUAUGCAAAACUUAGCACAUCUAUAUGAGAGAGCCUACAUAAAUGAGCAAAAUCAGCUGCAGCACAACUUACCAACAAUAACUAUGAAAGAAUUGGAGAUACAAGAAAACUGGAUUCUGGAUUUGUUGUGCCAUCCCUUGGUGCUUGAAGAUCCUGGAUUUAUAGAUGGCUCACUGGGAUCAAGUAACCCUACUGAACAGGUGCAGAGAAUGCAGACACCAACCAAUCAUGUGGAUACACUCACUGAGCAUGUGCAAGUUUCAACCAAUAUAAAUGAAAACAGUGAGCAUGUGCAGUUUGCAUUAGCAUGUUUUGACAAUAUUAGUGGUACUUCGUCAGAUAGUGCUUCGUCUUCGCACCAGUUAAGAUCGCGAACUGCCGUACCUGUGUCAGAUUCUAGUCUGCCUGCCACGAUAGUUCAAAGAAAGGAGGACACCUUGGAUAGACAGAAGAACGGUCAAAAACAAUUAUCUUUGGUGUUGUCAGAACCACAAACUGAUUCAGUGUGUUUCAAUAAAAAGAUGCUAGAAACUGUAACUGUUAAAAAUACUGUCGAUAGUGGGAAUGAACAUUGUACAGAUUGGGGCACUGCUGAAGUGUUUCACGACACAAAAGAUAGUGAGAGUAAAACUGACGAAGAGAUUUCUCAGUGUGACACAAGUUCUUUGUAUUCUCAUGAAUCGGAUGUUAGUUGCCAUGACGACGACGACGAAGAUGAUGAUGAUGAUGAUGAUGAUGAUGAAAGCAUGACAUCGGAGCACUGUUGCGCCAUGCCCAUUCCCCAGACUUCUGGGCAUGAGCACUGGAAGUACAUGAGCUGUGGCAGCAUAGAAGAAAAAGCUAUGCAGGUGAUGCCAGCGAACGAACUUCGCCGGCAAAAUGUGACUUUUCUUGAAAAUGUCAGGUCAUGUGUUGACUGCAUCACAGGUAUUUUGCACCAUUCCUCAUUAAUGAGAAAACUACAGAGUCUCACAAAAUGCCUUCAGCAGAUGAACUCGCUGGUGACGGAGCUGCUUUCUCAACAAUCUGCGGGUCGUUGUGAAAUAAAAGCUUUAACAGGAGACGACAUGCCAACAAUGUUACUGGUACUUCUCAUUCACUGCGACCCAAAAGACGUUACAUUACUUCUGCCACAGAUCCAUAUGAUGUAUGACUUGAUGGCACCAUUCCUGGAAAGUGGAUGCCACGGCUGUUCUCUUACGCAGUUCUAUGUAUGUUACGAUUUUCUACUUGCUAAGAUGGAGACACAGACGCAGACUUUUCAAGACUCAGGCCACAUCAUGUAUGCGACAUCCAUAUAAGAGAACAUAAUAAUGUAAUGUUAAUAAUGUUUAUAUGCCAUAAUUGAAACUCAAUUGAAAAGAUCCAUGAUUUUGUGAAUACUAUAAAGCACUUUUUUAUAAUUUAAUUUGUAAAGACAAAUUUUUUUUGUACUUCUAUCCUCGUCGUAGAAUCCCUGAAAAUUUAACUAAUUUCACUGACUGAUUCAUAAAAUUCCCCAAAAUUUGUCUCAUAAAAUUAAAGUUUAAUUCUAUAGUGCCAUCAUU